UUAGAGUUCUCUCCUCUCACGCGACAGUCAUAUUAUUCCUGAUUAUCAUCUGUCAUUAUGGAGUAGCUGCAGAGGAGGGAGGAACAGGUACAGCCACACUCAAAAUACAACAGCAGCCCCUGGUGGAAGCUAGCUUGCUGGCUCAGGGUCAUCUUUUAAGUCGGCCUUCCUAUCACGUACAGCGCUCCUUUGCGCCCAUCAGCCUCAGCCUCAUCUUUUCUCUUUUCUUUUUCUGUUUAUUUGUUUGUUCUGGUGUGUCGUGAAACUCUUCUUUCUUCUGCUACUCAUUGAAAGCGCCGAAUUUGUUUACUUUCGAGUCGUUCUGUUGCUCACGAUACAAGCGGCGAAAUGGCUGAUCAGCACGGCCCCUAUGUUCGGCUCUGGGGCAUCCGGCCGUCACAGCUUCCCUCAGAGGCCACUUCAGCUCAAGAUCUCACACCAUUGCUUCAAUCAAUAUUGAGCGAGGCCGUUUCUUUUGUCAGCUCAGUGCCGCCGCACUCAUCCGAGUCAUCGUCAUUAUCAUCAUCAGGCAGAUCCAGCCAGAACAAUGGGAAUAACGGCACUGGCCCCUGGAAGGCAAAGGGAUGCAGGGCGUUUCACCACUCAGCAGCGCCGGUGCACAUGUUUGAGCGAGUCAUUUCAGCCGAAGAGCUAAAGACGAUAGCCAAGGAUCAGAAUUUGCCGCAGGCCAACGGCGGCUCAAAAAUCAAGCCCGAGACAUGGAGUCUAAGACGUAGCGUUCACGAGGAAGCGAAGAAGGCCGGCACUGCAGACUGGGAGGAAUGGGUGCGGUGCUUCAAGGAGGGCCAUGCGGACGCCGAGAUGAAGUUUACGCCGACGGUGAUGAGCCACAGGCUGAAGAAGCAGUGGGACUGCGCGGGCGUCGAGGUCAUGCUGGGAGGCGACACGUAUGAGAAUCUCACGCUGAAGCUGGAGGAAUCGGUGCACAAGAUGCCUGCACCGCUGAACAACCGCGUGUUUCCUGUGCUGCAAGUCACAGCAGCCGUACGAGGGCGGCGAGAGUUUGUCGUUGUCCAGAUAGCAGCGGUGCCGGAGACUCCCAGCGCAGAGGAGUCAAGAUCAGACGGCGCCCUGAGAGGCACGUACACGGCCAUCGAGCGCUUCAGGGAGAUUGAUGAUCAGGGCAACGUCGAGUGGGUGAUGGGGACGGUGUCUGAUGCGAGAGGCGUGCUGCCAGCGUGGAUCCAGAAGAUGGCGGUUCCGGGGCAGAUUGCAAAGGACGUGGACAUGUUUUUGGAGUGGAUAGCGAGCGAGCGAGAACCAAAUUCCAAACUUCUCGCCAGCGCAGAUGCUUUGGCCCGCAUGACCAUUGAGCUCAAUGUCCGCGCCAUGAGCGCCCAGACAGAACGGCUGGAGAAGAGCCUGGGCGCUCUCAUGAUGUGCACAAAGGAGGACAAGGAGUUUCGGAAGAGCCAUGAUGCGAGGCUGCAGAGCAUGGUGCAGGAGAUGCAAGUGGUGAAGCAGCGCAUGGAGGAAAUUCAGGGGCCCGAGUGGAACAGCAAGAGCAACGAUAAUCUGGAACAGUGUAAAAAGGACAUGGAUGAAUCCAUUGCGCAACUGAGGAAGGAAAUGAGUGAUUUGAAGGGCUUGGUUGGUGAUAUCACAACUGCACUGGACAAGAUUCCAACAGUGGCAGAAGCAGAGGCUUUGAUAAGUCGCACUCAGGCGGCAGGUUCUGCAACGAAGGGCAGCAAGACACAGGCAAAGCCAGAUGUCGAAAAGUCACGCUCUGGGCCAAAAACAGCAAGAACCAUUAAGCAGCGAAUCGAAGACACCAUCAGCUCAACCCGUCGUUGGAACCGUGAUCACAAAAGCACAAAGCUCAGAGACGCCGCUUUUAUUGCCAACUAUCUCAAGCAACAGUCCAAACGCGACCCCCAAAUGGCAGUCUACAUUCAAAAGGGGAUCCAACGGCGUGUCUAUCAUAGCGGCCGGCCCAAGUCUAAAACCCGGCCGAGGAAUCUUGAGCAAUUUUGUCAGGUAUUAGUGUGGAAGGACGUUCUUGAUGCGGCAGAGGAUAUAUUGGUCAAGAAUAGAGGUCAAACUGCCAAGGCAAUUGGGCAAUAA